GAACAGUGUAUAGAAUGUCUGAAGGAGAUGGAACGAGGCCCGGACAGCCCGGGGUUCCGGGUAGCAGUGCGAGCAGUACCUCUGCUCCGGGUAAGGGAAAUCUGUGCAAUUCAAUCCACAAAUUCUUUGAGGGGCAAAAUCAGAAGAAAUCUCAAUCUGUCAGGCAGCAUGUGUAAAGGGAUGGAUGGCGAGAGUAAGAAAAUCAUUCAACAAAAGUUAGGAGGACAAGAGGUGUCUAAGGAAGAAAAGCAACGAUUGAGGAAGGAGAAGAAACAGCAGAAGAAAAACAGGAGGCAAGAUAAGACUGCAGAUGGUGAAAAUUCUUUUUCGACAGAUGUCCCAAAUAAACAGCAGCAAAAGCAGAAAACUUCAACAACAAAUGCAGCAUCAGGCGACACACCUGUCAGUGAAAAAGCUUCGGCUGGAAAAAGCAAAGCUGAACUUCGAGCUGAGUGGAAAGCAAAGCAAGAAGACCGUGCAAAACAAUCCAAGAAACCUGACCAGAGCCAGCCUGCUGCUUUGGUGAAGACAAAGCCUGUACCCAGUGAGCCUCAGCAAGUGGUAAAACGACUCCCAGAUCAUGUUCAGGCAGAUGACCCUGCGGCUCUUAAAAAACUGGCCAAAAAACUGGAGCGGCAACAGGUUCCACUUAGGCAAGAUUAUGGCAGCAAAGUCAUUCACUUUCUACAUUUGCACCAGUACAGCCGCAAAAUGCCAUUGACUCAACAGCUGACCAUCCCCUCGACUGUGCUUCACCCUGCUAUUGUACGUCUAGGAUUGCAGUACUCUCAGGGCAUUAUUACAGGAUCCAAUGCACGAUGUAUAGCAUUACUACACGCUUUUAAACAGGUCAUCCGUGAUUACUCAACUCCUCCUCAUGAAGAGUUGUCAAGGGACUUGGUCAAUAAAUUGAAACCAGACAUCAGUUUUCUGAAUCAGUGUCGUUUGCUCUCAGCAAGUAUGGGGAAUGCCAUAAAGUUCAUAAAGAAGGAAAUCUCAAAUAUUUCUAGAAGCAUGAGGGAGGAUGAGGCGAAGGAAGUGCUAUUGAAUUGUAUAGAUAAAUACGUAAAUGAGAAGAUUCACCUGGCUGCCGAAGCCAUAUCGAAAUCAGCUUCUGAGAAAAUUAAUGAUGGUGAUGUAAUUCUGGUGUAUGGAUGCUCUUCUUUAGUGAGCUCUAUUCUUUGUGAUGCCCACGAGGCGAAAAAAUUCAAAGUUGUAGUGGUGGACAGCAGGCCCAAACUGGAAGGAAGAGAGACGCUCCGGAGACUAGUACGGAGUGGGAUUCGCUGCACUUACGUUCUGAUUAGUGCUGUGUCCUAUAUUCUGCCUGAGGUCUCUAAGGUGUUCCUGGGAGCCCACGCCCUUCUGGCUAAUGGCUAUGUAAUGUCACGUGUGGGAACAUCACAGAUAGCACUUGUGGCAAAAGCAUACAAUGUACCAGUCCUGGUCUGCUGUGAAACACACAAGUUUUCUGAAAGAGUUCAGACAGAUUCAUUUGUUUCGAAUGAACUGGAUGACCCUGAUGACCUUUUAGUGACCCGGAAUGGAAGCACUCCGCUGAAGAAUUGGCACUCAAAUUCCAAACUACACCUUCUUAACCUGGUAUAUGACGUCACACCGCCUGACUUUGUUGAUUUGGUAAUCACAGACUUGGGCAUGAUCCCCUGUACCUCAGUACCAGUAGUACUGCGUGUAAAGAACGUGGAGUAAUGGAAUAUUGCAAAACCAUCUGAUGUUUCUCUGGCAUGUAAUAAUAAAAGGAGUAUUGUUAA